AGAAAUAGAAAACCAAAGGAUGGCUUGAGAAAAAAGGAGAAUUUAAUCCAUAAAGUCUCAAUGGUAUCUCACAGAAUCCAAGAACAGGAAUGAAGAAUUGAAAUGAGAAAUUGAAAAGGCUGCCAAAUCUACCUGACAGAGUCUGUGAACAGUUUGAAUCUCUGAACACCUGAAGCAGGGGCUGAUGCCAGGUCAUUCACUGCUGUGGGCAAGAACUCCUAAACUGUGUUUAGACAUGAAUCAAAGCAGCGAAGGAUGUAUGAAAAAGAUUAGCAGUGUGAAUCUUGACAAACUUAUAAAUGACUUCUCACAGAUAGAAAAGAAAAUGAUAGAAAUUAGUGGAAAGAACAAUAUACUGGAUAUUCAGUUGGAAAAAUCGAACUACUUAUUAAAAGGAAUGCAAACAAAGGAAGUCUCACUUAAAGAAGAAUGUGCUACUCUUCAUAACAUGAUAAAAGGGCUACAACAGACCAUUGAAUAUCAACAUAAUGUGAAAGGUGAAAAUGAACAACUGAAAAGAAAUGCUGAUCUUAUGAAAGAAAAGUUAAAAUCUCAUGAACAGGAAUAUAAAAAUAAUGUUGCCAGACUUAUGAGUGAAAUGAAAAUCAAAGAGGAGGGACAUAAAAUAGAAAUAAGGAAACUUUCUCAGGAUAUGCAGAAAAAAGUUGAAUUAAUGGAAGAAAAGAAUAAAGAACUGAUAGAGAAAAAAGAGGUGGAAAUUUCAGAAUUAAAUGCAAAAUUAAGGACUCAAGAAAAGGAAAACCAAAGCAAAAUAAUCAAACUACAGCUAGAGUUUGAUGCCAAACUAGCAAGAGUUCAAACAAAACCAAAAUCAUAUCCAGAUUCUACUGUUUUGCCACAGAGCAUCUACAGAAGGAAGCUUCAACAUCUUCAAGAAGAAAAAAACAAGGAGAUUGCAGCUCUUCGGAAUACCAUUCACGAGUUAGAGCAACGCCUUUCUGUUGGCAAAGAGUCUCACCUUAAACGUAAACGGUUUUGAGUACAGUAGUCAACUCAUUAGUGGCUGUUUAAUUUCUUUAAAAGCAGUUGAAAAAAUUCACUUCCACUUAGAGUCAAUAUAACAUACUGCCUAAAUAAUCACAAUGAAUAAAAGACAGCUUUAAACUUUUUUUUUUACUGAGUUUAUUGAAACAAAUCCACACUUUGGCCAACUUUGUAUUGCAUUCUCGCUUAGCAGUAUUAACCAUAAAGGAGUUCAGGUUUAUAGGGUGUAGUUUACCUAUUGAACCAUCAUUGACUACGGAAAUACUUUCUAAGCAAUCAAGAGCUAGACAACAUUCUUUUAUCUUUCCUCUUACAUCUUUCAAGACAGGCAUUCUCAGAUUUUAAAGAGUGUGAUGUGAUACCAGAUAGAUAAAACAAUAUAUAAAGCUUUCAUUCAUAUGUGAUAGUAAAAA